UAAAACGCGGUCCAUAAUUUCUGGUUUGAAAGAGUAAACUGCUCCGUCCUUCCAUUUUGUUUACGUAAUCUUCGAUAUUAGUGGGAUAUUAACUUAAUCCUAUAUGGAAAGGUCUUAAAAGUGGUUGAAUGCAUGAAAGCCCGGGAAGAAGAAAUUUUGGGAAAGCAAAACUACAACAACUAACCACUAUUGUUGAAGCUUUCAGCAACCAAACCCCAAAAGGCAGACGACAAAUUCAUUGAGAUCUCCUUCCAACUGAUGCCAACCAUCCACAAAAUUCCAACAACAGUUUCAGUUUCUUUCCCUUCUCUUCAUUUCUGACAAAUUAAAACAAGAAACACCCUCCAUGGCCGGCGCUUUACAUCUAAUCAUUAUCCGGCCAUGGCUUCUUCUUCUUCUGUUUUGUAUUCUCAGUGGUAAUUUUUUUCAUACUUGCUACGGUCAAUCACAAAACAUUGAGACUUUCUUUCCUUUUCCAUUAACUCCAACCCCGGCGCCGGCUCCGGUUAUUCCGAUCUCCCCUUAUUUACCUCCAGUAGAGUCCCCUCCACCGGAGCCGCAACAGCCUCUGCCGCUGCCGCUGCCGGAAAAGAAGUCUAAUGACAACAGCAACAUUGCAAAGGCGGCAGCGGCAACCGCAGCCAGCACUCUGGUGGUGUGUGCGGUGGUCUUCUUUUUUGUGCAACGGUGCAUUGUUGCUAAGCGGAGGAGGAAGAUCAGCGGCGGUGUUAUUGGUGCUGGGGCUAAUAACAAUUCCGGCUCACGAGGAAGCCGUCGUGGUCAACCGGCUGCGGUCAGUGGCAAUGAGUUUGAAAGGUAUGAUGGGAAUCUCAAGGGGUUUAUUGUGGACGAGGAUGGUCUUGAUGUGCUGUAUUGGAGAAAACUCGAGGCCAAAAACUCGAAAAAGAAGAGUUUCAAGAAGGAGGCGUUGCGAAAUCGCAAUAUUGGAGACGAAAUUGAUGAGUAUGAUGAUGGAAAUGGAGAAGGGACUAGCAGAGAGAAUGAGCUUCCUCUGUUUCGAGGCAGGUCUUCGACGUCUGACAUUGAUUUAGUGCCGGAAGGAAAUGAUCGGGUUCGGAUUGGAAGUAUUAGUAGAAUGAUGGCUGCUAGUAAGGGUGUUGAGAUUAAUCCAGAGCCAGUGGUGGAGCUGUCGCUUCAGUCUUCGGGUUCCUCGCCUCCACCUCAUUCUCCACCACCAACACCACCUCCUCUGCCAAUGAAAGCCCCUGCAGUGCCACUACCGCCGCCUCCUCCACCAGUUCCGGCUAUGAAGGGCCCGGGACUGCCGCCUCCUCCACCACCAAAGCCUAAGUCAAGAAGUUUGAACGCCUUAUCAAAACCAGAGCCAAAGGGGGUGAAGCUGAAGCCACUACAUUGGGACAAGGUGAACACUAAUCAUGAGCAUUCCAUGGUGUGGGACAAAAUUGAUAAGGGUUCGUUCAGAUUUGAUGGAGACCUUAUGGAAGCUCUUUUUGGAACUGUUGCCACUAAUCGGAAAUCUCCUGAAAGAGGCACUGGUUCAUCGUCACAAAUUUGCAUCUUAGAUGAGAGGAAGUCUCAGAACUUUGCAAUUGUUAUAAAAUCAUUGACCAUUUCUAUCGAAGAUAUUCUUGAUGUGCUAAAUGAGGGCAGAGGUUUAAGUGCUGAAAAUCUCGAAAAGCUUGCUAGGAUUGCCCCAACUGAAGAGGAAAUAGCCCAAAUUCUUGCGUACAAUGAAGACCCUACAAGGCUUGCUGAUGCUGAAUGCUUCCUCUACCACAUUUUGAAAGCUGUUCCAUCGGCUUUUACUCGACUCAAUGCCAUGCAUUUCAGACACUACUAUGACCAAGAGAUUGUCCAACUCAAAGAGUCUUUACAGACAAUUGAAUUGGGAUGCAAGGAACUUCGAACUAGAGGACUGUUUAUGAAGCUGCUAGAAGCGAUUCUCAAGGCUGGAAACCGAAUGAAUGCAGGAACUUCGAGAGGGAAUGCGCAAGCUUUCAAGCUCAGCUCUCUUCGAAAACUAUCUGAUGUUCGAAGUAGUGAUGGGAAGACUACUCUUCUUCAUUUUGUUGUGGAAGAAGUGGUGCGGUCUGAGGGAAAACGGGGUGUUUUGAACAGGAACCAUAGCUUGAGCCGCAGCGGCAGCGGCAGCCAGAGCAGUAACGGCAACAUGAGCUCUGAGCAGAAUGUAAAAUCGAAAGAGGAUAGAGAGAAGGAGUAUAUGAUGUUAGGAUUGCCAGUGGUUGGAGGCAUCAGUUCUGAGUUUUCAAAUGUGAAGAAGGCAGCAACUAUAGACUAUGACGGCUUUGGAAUCACUUGCUCGGCUCUCACUAAACGAGCUGCGGAAACUAGAGAACUAGUACUCCAAUGUGAGAAGGAUGGUGGUGGAAGAUUUGUUUUUGAGAUGAACGAUUUUCUUGAAGAUGCCGAAGAAGAGUUAAAGGCGAUGGCAAAAGAGCAGAGUAGGGUGAUGGAAUUUGUGAAGACCACUACGGAAUAUUACCAAGGAGGAGCUUCAAAGGAAAAGGGGUCACACCCAUUUCAACUAUUUGUUGUGGUUAAGGAUUUUCUAGGCAUGGUUGAUCAAGCAUGCGUGGAAAUAUCUCGAAAUGUGCAGAGGAGGAAGGCAGUGACGGCAAGUUCAGGAACAUCAACGUCACCAGACUCACCGCCAUCAAGGAACCCUGUAAAGUUUCCAGUCUUACCUAAAAAUUUCAUGUCAGGAGCCUCUAGAAGUAAUUCUAGUGGAUCAGAUAAUGAUGUCUGAAUUGGUUUUCAUUCAAUGUAUAGAUUACAGAAAGUAGGAUUACAAUCAGAAAUGUAGCCGAGUGGUUUCUGAUAUUUUUUCUUCAUAUAAUUCUUUGGUCUGAAAUUUAUUAGAAUAUUGUGUACA